AUGAUUCGACGAUCACGGCAUGGCUGCUGGACUUGUAAGAGGAGACACAAGAAAUGUGACGAGGCGCGGCCAGUGUGCAAUAGGUGCGCCCAGGCUGGGAUGGCCUGCGAAGGGUACCAGACGAGACUGACAUGGGGCCCUUCGAACCCUGACCCUGCACCACCAAUGGCUGGGGUUGUCUUGAAUCCUGUCCGUAAACCACGCCUUCAGAAGAAGGCUAGACAGCGGGAAGAAGCAGAGGCUAUUACCGAGGCAUCGCCUAACUCUGACUUGGCGAUAGCCGAUCUGGGCAGUGUUUCAUCUCCUGAUCAGCUGGAUCUCCUGUUCCUCCAGUACCAACUCGAUGAUCCCUGCAACAACGGGGCCUUACCGGAUGAUGAAGUGUCUCAAAGACUGAUGGACGAUUUUACUUCUAAAGGCUGGCAAACCCUCAGCGGGCGAGGUGGGCAGCCCAACUUCGUUCACUCUGACAUCAUACCUCUUUGCCAUAGUAACAUUUCUCUUCGCCAUGUGUGUCUGGCUUAUCAAGCGAGCCUAGAUCUAGACAUGAUACAUGCGACCCCAGUUUACAUGCAAUCGGCCCUUUCACAUUACUUCGACGACCUCAAUACUCCCGAGAAGCUGGAUCUGGAUGAAACAUUGGCUACAGGAGUCCUGCUUUGCAGUGUUAGCAUCAACUCUCUGUACAUCUGGACACCUCUGUUGGAAGGAUUACACGGGGUUCUUCAACAAAGAGGCCUCCUACACAAAACUCAACGGCCUCCCCUCACAAAUCAUCUCAUCGAGGUGAUUGGCCUCCUCGACAUUCCAUGUUUUACAUUAAACAGAAUCACUGUGUCCCUCAACCUGUGGAAGUUACACGUCGGCCCCAGCAAGCAAUCCGGCGUUGAACAGACAUCUGGCCUACCGUACACACUCAUAACCCUGUUCGCUGAUCUGGGGUCUCCUGAGGUAGAGGAUAGACUGCUGAUAUGGCCAGGUGAGUUGGGCGAUGAACUUAUCCAGAUACACCUCUGGGAAGCCUUCCGGAAUGCCGGGAUACUUCACAACCGAGCUCUGAUCGGGGAAGCGCAAGGCCCAAGUUCCUCAUCAACGAACAAGCCCAGAACUGAAGUGUUGCGUGUGAGGGUUUUUGCAUCGAUACAGGCCAUAUUCGACUCGGGAGCAUUUACUUGCCGGCGGCCUCUUGCUAGAGCCGCCCUGUAUCCCCUGUUCAUCGCUGGUCUCUUGGCGGACACUGCCUGGGAGCGGAGGCUUUCCCGGACAGCAUUCCAGCACCUGUGUGAGAAUGGACAGGAGAUACCAGUUACAGAAGCCCUGAAUAUUGUGACACAGGUAUGGGAAAAGGGCAGUGGAGGGGAUGAGCGGUCUAAAAUGAAGCUGGCCACAGAGAUUGCAGCGGAGAUGAAUGUUGAAAUACACUUGUACUAG